AUGUCAAGUCAAGAUGCAUCCCCUUUCUCCGACGCGUCGAUUCACCAAGCGCGUCGACAAUCUGGUGUCUUGACCCCAAGCUCACAAUCAGUUUGUCACGAUGAUAUAGGGAGCUUGGGAAGUAAAAAGCGAAAGAGAGAUGGUAAUUCAUUGGAGGACUUGUUGAAAGAUACAUUCGUUGUCAAGCCAUAUCCAUCCAAAGCCAACACCCGACCUCGAACUUUCCAACCUAUAAUAUUACUACCACGGUCACAGCUACCACUCUCAUAUCUAGACGUAGGAUCUGCGACCAAUUCUUUGCCCCAAUCGCGACUUUUCGAGACUCAUGUUAAGAUACUGGAAUUGGAGGAACGAAUGGGAAAUCAGCCAAUGGUCCUCAUAGCUAGGUUGGAUGACAAUCGCACUUUAUAUGCUGUCGAGAGAGAAUCGCGAGGCUUAUACGUAGUCUUACAACUCGGUUCUUGGGUCAACAUACAUCAAUUGAAAUCAUCGGCCGUGGUAGCCCAAACCGAGCGCACAGAUGUGCCGGUAAAGGGACUACUUUUCGGUUCAACUCAUUUCGAAACCUCGACCGAACCAUUGAUCACACCGGAAGGAAGCAAAUAUACCAAGAAAAAGAGACUCGCCAUCGAAGCGAUACAGUCUAUGAUCAAACGCCCAUCUACGCCGCUAUUGCCAGAAUCACGUCCUCAAUCAGUUGCGCCUGAAAAAGUACCCGCAUCCGAACCUCAAAAUGACACUCAAGCGACUAUCUGUUUACCUGCUUCGGAGACGAAAACACAAGCCACUUCCACUGAAAUUUUUGACAAUGUUCGAACUCAGUACUUCGAAUCACUUUAUCUUUCAAAAACUUCACUAGCAUAUUUUGCAAAAGGUCCUUUAUCACGAGCACGCGCGGCAUUUCACCUCGACUUUGACGCAAAUCUCGAUAUGAGUGAACACAUCGCAUUUUUAGAAAGCCUUGUACUAUCCAGUACUCUUCUUGACAAGAAGUAUCGUGAUGGUGUACCUGUCUGCGUCUCAUCCAUUGAUAUCCAUGACCAGAGUGCCGACGAUACUACAGUGAAACCCAAGAGGAGGAAGAGCAACAAGAAGAUGAAGCCUGGCAAGAAUGGGUUGUAUCCAAAUGAGGAGUCGCUCAUUAAGCAAUGGUGGAUUAGCCAUGACGAGGAGAUAGAGCCCGGGGCUCCAGGAUCAUCUAAAGAAGAGUUAGCGAAAACUCGUAUAGCGAAUCUACGUAUUCGCGAAACACAACUCCAAAUGAUUGUAAUUCUUGAGAUUUUUGCUCUACAACCUUUAGUUUCGACAAACGAGAACUUGGAAGGAGGCUUACCUAGUCUUCCGAUUAACGACGGGAUAACACAAAGCAAAGAAAGGACACCCAAGACUCGAAAACAGGAUCAUCUCACGAUGCUUAUUGACGUUCAUAUUGACAGACUAUGCAUUUGGCAAUCCAUUGCAAGUGAAGCUAUCAAGGCUCCAGAUACAAGCUCCGGCCUAACGUCCAACAAUACCUUGAAGCAUACUGACAAUAUUCUCAAGGACUUCUGUAUAGAAGUCAUUGUACCUUUCUUCUCGGCCCGUCUCCCAGAUCGUUGUGAUGCGAUUAAUCGCAAACUUGGUGGACCCAUUACCAAAUCGGUAUCAAAACCUAGGGUUUCCAAAGCUGCAAGUUUCUCAAACACACUUACUCGGCCAGGGACUAUCACCAAGCGUCCUGUUCCUGCAAAGCAAAAGAAGAGUCUGCAGCGUGUAUUGACAGAUGAUAGAGAGAGACGUAGUAUGUCAAUAGGCUCAAAUAGAGCCAUUUCCUUAAUGAGGUCGGCUACCGAUCCUACCAUUCCCGGACUGAAAAGAGAGACAAGUGAAGCUCCAUCCUUGUCUAGCAUACCUUCUGCCGAGUUUAAGCCUCUUCAUGUUAAUAGAGGUGGUGUGUUGAAUUCCAAAAGAUUUUCCCAGAGAGAGGUGGAUAUGAGUACACUUGCGCCAGACCCUAACUCGAAAGCAAAGAAACAAGCCGCCAUUGAUGCAGAAUUGAAGGAUGCCAUAUCAGCACUAAAGAAACCAAAUCGUGAGCUGGCUGGUAAAGCUUUAGUUGAGACUGCCGAACGAAGAUCUGCCUCUGCUGGACAUCCUCGAAAAUCCAAAAAGCCUGUCAGAAAUCCGCUGUUUCAAGCAUUUCAAUCGGUACAGAUUAAAGCCACCCCCAAAACCAACCGUCAAAAGGAUAUGUUUGGGGAAUCUCAAUCGACUAUUGGCAGAUCUAGAGAUUUCGACCAGAUGGAGCUUGGCAUCAUCCCCCCAUCAAGUGUACCUACCAUACCACAAUCCAAAGCUCGCCCUUCAUAUGAUCUUGACCCCUUUCGAGAUUCUGUACAAGCGACUCCAACUCGAAAGCCCCUUUCAAGUUCGUUUAGAUCUACGAGCUAUUUUACAAACCUUGACGCUGAUUAUGGUGCAAUACCACCUUCUUCACCGUUGCAAAUGCGCCGCUCUAGCGCACAACUAUUCAACAGCAUUCCUGAUUCUGUUGUCAAAAUACCUUCUCUGUCAUCUGUCCCAAGUAAUUUGGAAACACCAAUUAAAAGACCUUCACCUUCAACAUUGUUUACUGGUAUACAGGAAACACCAUUGAAGGAAACGCCACUGAAGGGAAUAUCAUUGAAGGAAACACCAAUGAAAGACACUCCUGUCCGUAAAAUAUCAGAAUGGAUAUCGGGUUACACCCGUCCUGCGGGCCCUUCGAAUGAAGACCAAGAGAACAUAAGAGAUGUGCCAGUAGCACUAGAAAAGAUGAAACCCACACAAGUUUACAAGAAAGAGGUAUCGUAUUAUGAGGCGUUAGGAUGGAAUGAUGAUGAUAUUGAUGACUUGGCAUGA